AUGCUCGGUCUUCUGCGGAUGUUGACGGAGAUUGAAGCAUUUGAGAUCGCCUGCGAACAUGUACCAGAGGUUAACAACGAGAUCGCUGACUACAUAUCCCGCGAUCGGCUGAAUGAUGCAAGAGCAAUGUUCCCUACGCCUUAUGCAUCUGUGCCCAAUAACGCUCGGUCACCGUGCACGACUACAAGAAGCCACGUUCGCAACUCAACACGGAGUAGUCGCCCCAUCUUUCUGCUAUUUGCAUCGGAUAUCAGUCUCCCGACCGCGUUCACACCUACGAUGACAGGCGCACCAGUACGUCACUUUCUACAGGAAGUCUUUCAACUAGCCACAGCAGCUCGAACUCGCGCCAGUAGCAAUACCGUCCAAUGGCACUUGAAGGUCUGA